AUGAGCGGCGUUUCGACCAAGCAAAGCUCAAAUCUGGCCGGAGGCAAGAGACGCAGUCUCUCCGGUCAGGGAGGCUUGCUAGGUAGGAUGUUUGGUAACAGUAGCAAGGAAGCGAUCGACACCACCUCGGUUGGAAACGACGGUGUCGGAACCGAAUCUACACAAAGCCCGACCAACAUCGACGCCAUUCCCGAGAACAGUGAGAGCAGGGACGAGGUCAGCAAUACGAUGCGCAGCCCUACAACCAAGUCGCCCGAGGAGGGUGCGCCGGGCGAAAAGAAGAGGCGCAGCAGCGGCGUCGGUCGUGCAACCCGUGAUCUCUUCUCCAGCGCAAAGCAGUCCUUCUCCAAUCUGAGCAGUUCUCCAGAGAGCAAGGCUUCCACCUCCAACCAGACCCCGAUGCAGAAGCUAGGGAGAAUGGAUCCAGCCCUGAGUGUGCCGCAAGGCUCGCUGAACAAUUCGGCCGGCGAGUCUGCACCAGGUCCACGCUCAACCUUCCGGGUGGGCGUUACUGAGGAUAAGAACAAGAAGUGUAGACGCACCWUGGAGGACACACACGCCUAUCUGUACAACUUCCUAAGCACUCCCGCCCCGUCAGUCGGCACAGACGCCUCGUCUAAGAAACGAAACUCACUUGCACUGACCGAGUCAAAGUCUCGUGACUCUGGCGCUUCCAAUGCCAGCUUGAGCACACGCAUGAGCAACAAGGAAGUUGCGGAGACGGACAAUGGGUACUUUGCCAUCUUCGAUGGCCACGCCGGUUCCUUUGCCGCGGAUUGGUGCGGCAAGAAGGUGCACUUAUUACUGGAGGACAUCAUCCGCAAGUAUCCCAAUACGCCGAUUCCUGAGCUACUUGACAUGACUUUCACAUCUGUCGACCAGCAACUGGAAAAGCUGCCACUCAAGAACAGCGGAUGCACGGCCGUGACCGCUGUACUGCGAUGGGAGGACAGAAUACCCAACCCCCAAUCUGCUACAGGAUCGACGGCGAUUGCGCCUGCUGCCGCCGCCGCGACGAAGUCGGACGGAAAGUCUGAUGCACCGGCCAUCUUAGAGGCAGCAAAUGCUUCCGACACCGAAAGUAAGCUCAGAGAGACGGCAACCCGCCAACGUGUGCUGUACACCGCAAACGUGGGCGAUGCGCGCAUUGUGUUGUGCAGGAACGGCAAGGCCCUGCGCUUGUCAUACGAUCACAAAGGUAGCGAUGAGAACGAAGGGAAGCGAAUUGCAGGCGCGGGUGGACUCAUCCUUAACAACCGUGUCAAUGGCGUGCUUGCUGUGACGCGUGCCCUCGGAGAUGCAUACAUGAAGGACUUGGUCACAGGCCAUCCAUACACGACGGAGACAGUCAUACAGCCGGACCUUGACGAGUUCAUCAUUUUGGCGUGUGACGGGCUCUGGGAUGUAUGCUCUGACCAGGAGGCAGUGGAUCUCAUUCGCAAUGUUCAGGAUCCCCAGUCUGCGUCCAAAGCACUCGUCGACCAUGCACUGGCUCGGUUUUCUACGGACAAUCUGUCUUGUAUGGUGGUUCGCUUCGACAACCAGGCAUUGCAGCACAAUCAAGACACGAAUCUUAUCGGCGUGGAAGGCGACCCGUCCACGAUUGCGAACGGCAUUAGUGAAGCGGAGGCGAUUGUGAACAACACCAAGAACAAUCUCGAUGGAAAUGGUGCGCCGCUGUCGCAAGUUACGACCAACGAGAUCAUGGAAGAUGUGUCGCAAAAUCAGGAGGCGGGGCCAGAGUUGAACCCAGCAGCAUUGGAGGCUGCACGCAAGGACGUCAAGCCUACACCCGAGGAGAUGGCUGAAGCAGCAAGCGGCAAAUAA